ACACUUUGGUGCACAAUGAAUUAUAAUUUUUGUUAGUAAUUCAAUUUGUCACCAUUAUCCAAACAAUCUCUUUCAACAUAUUUUUCCUUUUUCUCUUACUGCUGAAUUUGAGUCUCCACUCCUGUCCACUGGCUAUAGGAAUACAGACAGGGAAAUUGUGGGUUUCAAUUUUAUAAUUUAAAUUUUCUUCUAUAGUUUCCUAAGUGACUCAUCCAACUUUCUUCAUUGCUUCAAGUUUAUUUUCUGAUCUACACAUUAAAAAAAGUUUUAAUUCUUAAUGUUAUUCAGCCUAUCUUUAUAUUUUUAUAUCAUUGUAUGUAUAUUUGAAUAAGCUAUACUAUUAAAAUUAUAAUAUGAAUUUUAAAGGUCUCAUUUUGAGACUAGCAGUGGUGUAGAGCACUAUCGCGGUAUCAAAAGUCUCUGGUCAACCAACUUAGUACUUGUAGAAUUUGGGGUAAGUCACAUAAUUUCUGUCCCUCUACCCCAAAUGAUAGCUAUUUCACUAGCUUGUAGUUAUAAUCAAAUAAGAUUAUGUAAAGAUGUAGAAGUAGAACACUGUUAUUUUUAGUAUCACCAAUAUUAAGAGUAAAUAGAUGAACCAGCAAGUAACAUUCCUGAUAACUAUGUAGGAGUACAAAAGAAGCUAGAUUGAGCACUUGAUAUUUGCAUUGUUUCCUUUCUCUGCCUACAAGCUUGCAACAGCUUCCUUUUGUUCUUAGAAUAAAAUCCAGGCACCCAUUAUUUGACCUGGGUUUCCUUUUCUAGCCUUCCCUUUCCACUUGUGUUUGAGACACUAAGUUUUCGGGUAUAGUGUCCUUCUUCAUUAUCUUGAAUAGAUGCUUUUCUGUCCCAGGACCUUCACAUAUUCUACAGUGUUAGCCUGACACACUUCUCAGAUUUCGUGUUCCAGAUUAAAUGGUGAAUCUUUGGGGGAACUUUCUUAACCCCUCCCCAUUAAGUUAGGUCCCCUAUUGCAUACUUUCAGGGCACUCAGUGUGUUUCCUAUAGAGCACUUUUCACACUGUUUGAGCAUCUGUAUAAAGACUGUUCACCUCAUUAGGUGGAAAACUGUAUACAUAGACAUUGUCCUGUUACCACUAUAUGCCUAACUUCUACAAACUCAAUAAUUAUGGAAAUAAGUUAAUACAGAUGAAACAAACAAUUGUAAAAUUACUGUGAAAUAAUAAGAGGAAAAAUUACUCUAAAAUAUUCCUUGAGUGUAAAAAUAUGGAAAGAAUUAUGCAUUUGCAGCUCUUGGGAUCUACUGUCUGAUAUGAGCCAUUUUUUUAAAUCACAUUGCAUGAGAUUGUCUUUUCAUAGCAUUUUUCUGGCUAUAAAUGCAACUCAUGUACAUUUCACAAAAUUUAGAAAAUAAAUAAAAACACAAAUAGGACAGUAAAGCAUGUUAUCGUUAGAGCAAACUCCUUUAAAAGUUGUGUGUAAUAAUUAUAGAAGGGCAAGAGCAGCCUAGUAAUGUGUACAUUUCCCCAAAAUCAUGUAAAUGAGGACUCUACCAGGAACAAUCACUUCUUUUAGAUAAAAGCACGUUGCAUUUAUUUAGCUCGCAUGACAGGAGAAACUCCUCCAGUAGCAUCAGCUGGGUUUAAUAAGGGGAAUAAGGAAUAAAACAAAAAAAAUGAAAACAAAAACACACCUUCUCCAAGAUUCUGAAACUGUGAGUGAACGCAUGGUGGCGCUAUUGGCUAAGAAGGCGAGUUAAACCGCAGGCGUAGUGCGCACUCCGUGGCGCACGGAUCCAUUGUGGUAAAGCAAGCGUUGGGAGCACCGGCAGCUUUUUAAAAGCAAGCAAAUCUGAGCCUCUGGAAAGGAUUAUUCGCUAGGCCUUCUACAAAGGUUGUGGAGAAAAAGACUGUGUUUCCCAGCACUGUCUGAGGUUCGGCUGGGCGACAUUCCCUGGAAGAACACGGCAGAAAGUGCAAUGGAGGCCGGAGGGGACCGCUUUCUCAGACAAAGGCAAGUCCUGCUUCUCUUUAUUUUUCUGGGUGGGUCUCUGUCUGUGUCCGAAUCGAGACGCUAUUCUGUGGCCGAGGAAAAAGAGAAGGGCUUUUUAAUUGCCAACCUAGCAAAGGAUCUGGGGCUGAGGGUAGAGGAACUGGCCGCGAGGGGGACCCAAGUUGUGUCCAAAGGGAACAAACAGCAUUUUCAGCUCAAUCAUCAGACAGGUGAUUUGCUCCUGAACGAGAAAUUGGACCGGGAGGAGCUAUGCGGCCCCGCAGAACCAUGCAUACUGCAUUUUCAGAUAUUACUGCAAAACCCUUUGCAGUUUGUUGCAAAUGAGCUGCAGAUCAUAGAUGUAAAUGACCAUUCUCCAGUAUUCUUUGAAAAUGAAAUGCAGCUGAAACUCCUAGAAAGCACCCCUCCAGGGACAGUCAUUCCUUUGGGGAAUGCUGAGGACUUGGAUGUGGGAAGAAACAGUCUCCAGAACUACACUGUUGCUCCUAAUGCCCAUUUCCACGUCCUCACACGCAGCCGUAGGGACGGAAAGAAGUACGCGGAACUAGUGCUGGACAAAGCGCUGGAUCGAGAGGAGCAGCCCGAGCUCAGCCUAACGCUCGUGGCUCUGGAUGGCGGCUCCCCACCGCGGUCCGCGACGGCCCAGAUCCACAUCCUGGUCUUGGAUAUAAACGACAACGCCCCAGAAUUUGCACAGUCGCUCUACGAGGUUCAAAUUCUAGAGAACAGCCCACCUAACUCUGUCAUUGUCACUGUCUCAGCUUCUGAUUUAGAUACAGGAAAUUUUGGGACAAUAUCAUAUGCAUUUUUUCAUGCUUCUGAAGAAAUUCGCAAAACCUUUCAACUAAAUCCAGUUACUGGAGAUAUGCACCUAGUCAAAUAUUUGAAUUUUGAAGCCAUUAGUACCUACGAAGUCGACAUCGAGGCCAAGGAUGGCGGAGGCCUUUCGGGAAAAUCCACAGUCCUAGUUCAGGUGGUUGAUGUGAACGACAACCCACCAGAACUGACUUUGUCAUCGGUUCACAGCCCUAUCCCCGAGAACUCAGCAGAGACUGUGGUGGCUGUUUUCAGUGUUUCUGAUCUAGACUCUGGAGACAAUGGAAGAGUGACCUGUUCCAUCCAGAACAAUCUUCCCUUCGUCCUGAAACCAUCUGUAGACAAUUUUUACACCCUAGUAUCAGAAGGAGCGCUGGACAGAGAAAACCAAGCCGAGUACAACAUCACCAUCACCGUCACCGACAUGGGGACUCCCAGGCUGAAGACGGAGCACACCAUAACCGUGCAGGUCUCCGACGUCAACGACAACGCCCGCUUCUCCCAAAGCUCCUACACCCUGUUCGUCCCCGAGAACAACAGCCCCGCCCUGCACAUCGGCAGCGUCAGCGCCACAGACAGAGACUCGGGCUCCAACGCCCAGGUCACCUACUCGCGCUGCCGCCCCGACCCGCACCUGCCGCUCGCCUCGCUGGUCUCCAUCAACGCGGACAACGGGCAGCUGUUCGCCCUGAGGUCGCUGGACUUCGAGGCCUGCGGGCGUUCGAGUUCCGCGUGGCGCCGCAGACCGAGGCUCCCCGCGCUGCGCAGCGAGGCGCUGGUGCGCGUGGCGGUGCUGGACGACAACGACAACCCGCUCGUGCUGUACCCGCCGCAGAACGGCUCGGCGCCCUGCACCGAGCUGCUGCCCAGGGCGGCAGAGCGCUACCUGGUGAGCAAGGUGGUGGCGGUGGACGGCGACUCGGCCAGAACGCCUGGCUGUCGUUCAGCUGCUCAAGGCCACGGACCGGGGCUGUUCAGCGUGUGGCCGCACAAUGGCGAGGUGCGCACCGCCAGGCCCUGGGCGAGCGCACCGGCCAGGCACAGGCUGGUGGUGCUGGUGAGGGACAGUGGCGAGCCCGCGCUGUCUGCCAGCGUCACGCUGCACGUGCUGCUGGUGGACGGCUUCUCGCAGCCCUACCUGCCGCCGCCGGAGGGCCCCGGCCCAGGCCCGGCCGACUCGCUCACCGUCUACCUGGUGGUGGCCUUGGCCGCGGUGUCGUCGCUCUUCCUGUUCUCGGUGCUGCUGUUCGUGGCGGUGCGGCUGUGCAGGAGGGACCGGCGGCCUCGGGGUCGCUGCUCGGUGCCUGAGGGCCCUUUCCGGGCACCUGGUGGACGUCAGCGGCGCGGGACCCUGUCCCAGAGCUACCAGUAUAGGGUGUUGACGGGAGGCUCUGGGACCAGUGAGUUCAUCCUGAAACCCAUUAUCCCCAAUUUCCUUGCUCAGGGUCCAGAGAUUAGUGAGGCAAACCCCAGCGUCAGGAAUAGCUUUGAAUUCAGUUAAGUGUUAAUUAGGGUCUCCUGAGCCUAGUUCUGUUAAUUUGUGGAAAGUCCUUUUUUUUACUGCUUUGUCUGAAGAUGUCUCUUCUGGUCUGGUUCAAGGCACGUAGGAGUACUGGAGCUAAAUUCCAAUUCCAGGAAUAGCUUAGGUUUCAUUAACAGAAGAAUCCGAAAGUAGUUUUUUGUCCCUGAAUGUUUUCUUCUUUAAUCAAAAAACUUUAGUUGAUAGAACAUUUUGUUUAUAUAUUGAUUAUCCUUUCUAUGUAGUUAGUUUGCUAAUUCAUGCAUACUUUCUUUUUUCUUCUGCUUCCUGGUUUACCAACACAG